CGCACAACUGCUUUGUCCCUCUAGAUCUCUUCCCGAAACCUUCUUCCAAAGCGCUUUAUGAUCCAGCUUUGUUCUCGUCGAUGCCACCGCGCGUGGUGAUGCGACCAUUGUCUUCGCUGUCGACUGCCGAUGGAUAUAAAAGCACACAAGCGCACAAGCCUAACGUCCACCAUUCAAGCACCAUGCCUUCCAGUCGUCAUCCUCUCAGCAUCCAACGCGAGAUGCGUCGCCAUGUGAGCGAAUCGCAGGUCGUCUUACCCGCCUUCGAUGUCGCGUCUUUCAAAGAAAACGUCCCGCCUCUUCUCGCAUCUUGCGGAGACAAACCCUCAAUCGAGCCGACUGAAGUAGCACCGGAGACUCCUCAAACCUCCUUCGAGGUCGACGACUCGCUUGUGACUCCGGUGCAGAAUACUGAAGGAGAAGGCGAAGCCGAGGAGAUGGAUGGUGUCGCGUUGGAGAUGCGAUCUAACAGUCCGGCGCAUCCGGUUAUGUGUUCUCCUGAAGAGCCAGCAGCCGCUCCUGAAGCCGUCCCGCUUGCGACCCCCGACUCUUCUCCCCGUGUUGCCGAGGAAGAACCAAAAGCCAGCGACGAAGCAAAGCUCUCCGAUGUCUCCGACCCCGCUCCCGGAAGCGAGGACGAGGAAAGACUCCCUGCGGUCUCCGAUCUCGCACACGACUGCGCCUAUCGCCACGCUCUCGCACUCGUGAACGCGCAAUCCGCCCACGCCCUCAACGCAGCCAGCCUCGCACGACGCGCCCUGACGCGCUUCAGCGCGCUCAUGUACCCAAACGGCGCGCUCUCCAGCGCCGUGCUCUCCAUCGCCGACGGCCCCUCCGCCGGCCGGCAGCUGCAGCCGAGCACGCGCGAGCAGAACCAGGAGAUCCGUGUCCUGCGCGUCGAGCUGGCUGCGCAGCGCGACGACUAUGCGCGCGUCCGGAAGGAGAUGGAGACGACGCGGGUGGAGAACAUGGGCUUGCGCGUCGAACGGAACGCGUUGAUCGGCAAAGAGGCGAAGAGGAAGGCGGAUGCCGCUGCGCACGAAGCGGAGCGCCAGGAUCUGAAGAACGCCGUGGCGAGCCUGCGGGCGGAGGCCACCCGGUUGACGGCGGAGGGGGCGAGGGUGGGCCAUGAGCUGACCCGGCUGCACGAGGAGAACACGCGCCUUGCUGGAGAGAACUUUCGUGGUCGUGCCGAGACGUCGCAGCUGCGGAGCCAGAUUCAGUGGCACCAAACCCGGGAAACUAAUCACGUAGCGGCCUUGCGGCAGUUGUCCGAGAACGGCCAUGCGCUCGAGCGCGAUAAGGCCCAGCUCAUCGAUGGUCUUGUCCUUGUAGCCAAUGCUUAUUCUGACCGGGUCUUACUCUCCAUCGAAGAUCUGGAGAUCGUUCAGGAAACGGUCACCGUUCUUCAAGGCUGUUCUAUCGGGGAACCGUUGCCAGAGGAUACUGUCAAGUCGUUGGUGAAGGUGCUUUGUGCUAUGCGCCAGCCUGCUCAUCAUCCUCGACGACGGCAGUAACCGAUCCCGAGGGUUUCAAUUCCGUAGUAUCUCACGCGUAUGCACAAUCAUGGGAAUCAAUAGGCCUUGCCGUGUAUCGUCGAUAUAAGUAUAUGGCCAAAGCAGAUGAAGAUUUUGCUUGAACGACUGUCAUAAGAUGGUCUGGUCAUAAAUUGUUGUUAAUGAAACGACAUUGAUCUGCAGCGUCUUUAAACGCGGACCGUGCAGAAAGUGAGGGUUCUCCUUCCCUUCCAUCUGCUUGAGAGCGUGCCGAUGGCCCAGAGUUACAUGAUCUCUAGCUUAACAAACGUGGACUAGUCGACGGCGUAAGGGACAAAACGUGAUUGGAGUGGGAUUCGAACCCACGCCCUUUCGGACUAGAUUGCAAGUCGCAAUUGAUCCUCCACAAGGAGGUAAUCCUUAGUCUAGCGCCUUAGACCGCUC